CUUUAAUUUAAAAAUAAUUACACAUUAGAUACGACUUUCAUUCUAAUUAACGAGGAUGCUUAAUGAGAUGUACGAGAGUGUCUUAUUUAUUUUUACUUUCAAUUUUAUGACGUUAGUCAUGCUUUUUUGUAGUGACUAUUUAAAUCAGACGUUACCAUCUCACAGCAGUUCUGUAUGUGGUGGUAAUUGCCCAUUUGUGUGGUCAUCGGGCCAGGUCAGUUAAGUAAAUGUCUCCAGUGUGGGUUGUGUGCGUGUUUGUGUAAGCAGCUGGUGAUUUUUACAAGUAGGUGAAAGGUCCUCAGCGCAGAACAGGAGGAGGAGCAGCAGCAGCUGACCAUGCUUCCUUCACAUGCUUCUUCGUUACAUAUUUGGCUUCUUAACAACUACAAUCAAUUUGAAACGUUGUUACUUAGAAGCUAAGACAUGUCACAAGGCAUGUCUGGAGUUUUCUCAGAGGUUAGGUAAGGACCAACAGAUGAGUCACUGAAGACUCAGUCCACCAACACCACUUCUUUUACAUGCCCUGUGUUUAAAGUUAUGAAUAUUUGACCAGUUAUUCUUACAGAGAAUUUUUCUUCUUUUUACAUCCAUAGAAAGUUGCAUUAAAUAUAGAGACUAAAUGAUUACCUCCCAAAAUUAAUUUAAUUACCUUAGUGAUUACCAUGAAGUACUACAGACAAGAAAUGUUUAGUAGGCACUUAGUAAGACAUUAUUAACUCUCCUGAUCAUUUUAUCAGUAAUGUUGUAUGAUCUCACGUUCCUCUCAACUUGAGAAACUUGAUUUCUGUUCUGCUGCCAGAUGUUCAACAUGGACUCUGAGGACCUUCACUCAGCCAUGCAGAGGGUGGACGAAGGAGACAUGGAUGCUGUGGAGACUCUGAUGUCCAUGACAUAUCACUGGAAAAACAGAAGCUUUAAGGAUGGGAAUUUCAGACCUCUCACUCCAUCCUCAGACUGUUCAGGAGAAGACUGUGCCUCUACAGUUUCCACUGCUUCACAUGAUUCAACUUGGUGUAUGACACCACCAUAUAGCCCACUCCACUGCGAGGCCACACAGCUAAUCCCACAGGCAGCUGCACAUUAUCCAGAAUCUGGAAGCCCAACCUGGCAGCCAGUAGAAGACACCAAUCCUGCUGCUCCCCAGCAGAAGUUCAAGUGUACCAGUGUAAUCCGCCACACAGCAGAUGGUCAGCAAUGUGUUCACCCUAUCUUAAAAGAAUCCUGUAAAUCCUACACAAAAGACUCUUUACAACAUUUGAGCUCAGGUGAUGGCUUAAAAAACAGAGGCUCUGACCCCAGGGCUCCAACGCCUCAAAAGACUGUGACUGUGCCAAAUAUCGUAAAGGAAACACCAAACCAGAAAGCUGUUUCAUGUUCAAGUCAUGAUCCAGUUCCACCACAAUGUAUCUCCACUUUGUCUUCUGGUGCUAAUCAAGUUUCUCCUGUGCCUGUCUACUGCCAAAUCCUUCCUGUUUCUUCUAUAGCCACCACUGGUUUACAAAUGCCCCAACAAAUGAGCCAUAAACAAACCCCAGCAGCUUCGUUGGCCCAGGUUUUUGUCCUUGGAGGCCAGGUUACCCAAAGCCCUUUAAUGCUUCUUGUUCCUCAGUCAGCAGUUCCUACCAUAUAUGCUAAACCUGCACUAGUGACACAUGAUGCCAACAAGUUACCAGCUAUUGCGCCUGCACCUAGCUCCACCCCAGUGGAACAAAAACACAGCAGAGUCCAGGCUGAGCUGCCGCGUGUACGUAGUCAUGUGUGUCCGCACAAAGACUGCACUAAGACCUACUUCAAAAGUUCUCACCUCAAGGCCCAUGUGAGGACCCACACAGGUGAGAAGCCCUUCAAAUGCAAGUGGGAGGGCUGUGAGAGGCGAUUUGCUCGCUCUGACGAACUGUCUCGCCAUCGCCGCACACAUACGGGAGAAAAGAAGUUUAUCUGCCAUUUGUGCCACAGCAGCUUCAUGCGUAGCGACCACCUGUCCAAACAUGCCCGGAGACACCUGACAGCGAGGAAAACACCUAGCUGGGUGUUGGGGCUCACCCAGGCUACAGACUUUAUCCCUAAAGAUGCAACUGAAACAAAACUGUGAAUUUCAAUGUUGUUGGUUUUCCUUUUGAACAAUAACAAUGUGAAGCUCAUUAGUAAUGUACUGCUCAGGUAAGUCAGCUAUUAAAGCUUUGAUAUGACACUGUAUAUUUAGCACAUUAAAUUUAUUUGUUUGCAAAUUUAACUUAAUUUAUUUUGUUUACCUUUCAUUGAACAAAGAAUGUUGUACAGGUUCCUUUGUGCCAUAUAGGCUUGAUUUCUUGCACAUGACUACUAUGAAGGAUGAAUUACUCUUCUUUAUGUAACUAAUGCAUGUAUUUUGGCACGUGUUGGCUUUUUCUACUGUCAUCAUUUAAUAUCUGUAAAAUACAAAGACAGUGACUCGCA